AUGACAAAGGUUGCGUUUACAACAGAUGUCAGAGGUGCCGAUAGCGAUGACGACUACAAGGACGAUGAUUUUGAGGACGAGCCCGCCAAGAUAUCUAAUAAUGAUGAGGUGCUUUUCAUCUUUGAAAGUAUCACGAAUGAGGCUCGGAACAAGAAGUUGAACCUGGGUAAGAAAGAAAAUCGGGAGAGCUUCUUACAAAAGUAUGGACACUUUCUCUCAAAAUCGACCAAAGACUCAAACCAGACACUCCUUCAUAUGAUUGCAAACACAGUUGGACACAAGUCUUUGACCCGCUGCGUUAUCAAGUUCGACAAGACCUUGCUGCAUCGUGUGGACGACUCUAGCAAGACUCCUCUGCAUAUCGCCAUCACCAAAAAGAACGCUGCGUUCAUCGAAGUUGUGUUAGACGAGAUUGAUGACAUAGAUUCAUUGCUCCGCAUUACUUGUGAGCACAAGAGGAAUUGCAUACAUACAGCCAUUUAUCACAAUCUCCAGCACCAGUAUACCAUCAAGUUGGUCAAACGAGCAUCCGAAGAGACACUACGAGCCCCAGACCAAAGCGGCCUGACCCCUCUUCACUUGGCAGUCGACUACAAGUAUGCGUCAGAAGCACAAUUGAAGAUUGUGGAGGCACUUCUUGCUCACGGGGAUAGCGCUUUGGAUGAGUACACCAAAGAGCCUCAGAAUCUAUCUGUCUAUGAGUACCAAGACCACACACAGCGUCUCUGGCGGAAACAAUUCGAAGUAUCAACUUCCGCUCGUGCUGGGGAUAGAAAGCAGGACGAAUCAAGGGAGGAAUCACAAGGCCAAGAGGGUGAACACGCUGGACCAAGGCCCAAAGGAGGGUUGGAGCAUGUCAGUGGGAGAAGUCGCACCUCUCAACAACAAGGCAAAGACGGUCACGGAGGGCUACAUCGAGCACCUGAGAAUCUUCACGGACGAGGAUCAGAACAGACUGACGUAUCCUCUUCAAGCCACACUUCUAAUGCGAAUGGACGCUAUGGAGCCGAGACCGGAAGAGCACCCGUAGAAGCACCCGAAGGCUUCAAGCCUAUACAGAGAAGACAAACGGGCAUGGAGGACGUUGCAAAGCAGGCCCAGGAAGAGAAGCGCAAGGGUGAAUACGCAGAGAAGAUUCGCCAGGCAGUCAAGCUGCAUUAUCUCCGGACUACUCUAACGAUCGAUUCGAAGCCUGCCAGUAGAGACCAGCUCAAAGCUGUCAAGUUUCUCCAUGGCGCUAAUCUCAACAACAUCAAUCUGUGCUUCGAUUACUCUGAGGCUCCACCAGAAAUCUAUGAGGAUUCCUUCAAACAAAGCUAUGACCAUAUCAACUUUGACCAAGUUCUACGUUAUGUUUCAUUCCGAAGAAUAGAACUUCAGAAACCUCCUGUGUCAGCAGUGAAAGCAAGGCUAACAAGAAAUCGAGCCCAAACGUCUCAUAAGGGACGUGGCAGGGAUGACUUGACUGUUUUCUUCAACUGGUUCAAUGGAAAAGGGGUCAAACACAUCCUCAAAGUGAUGGUGGAUGAUCUUAAGGACCCAUCGCAUAGUGAUAAGGCACUCGAGGAUUGUCUUAGGCCCUUUGAGGUGGAGAUUCUUGAUUGGACCAAGGUUGACCUGUGUCCAGAGACUAUCUUAACUGCUUGUCGAAAUGUGAGGCAGCUUUAUCUGCGAUGGAGCGGUAACAGGGCGAUUUUGAGGGCUUGGAGCGAGCCUGAAGGGCUGGCGAGGCUAGAAAAGCUGGAGGCGGUACAUCUGGUAUACAGCGAAGAGCAGGCAUUAGAGUCGGCUGAUCGCAUCACUAUGUACGCGAAUGAUUUCGAGGAGCGAUUAAACGAAUCAGCAGCCGCCAACCCAAAAAGGACUCUCUCAGAUGACGGAGACGAUACUGAGCGAGGAAGACGUAUACUAGUCUUCAGAUGCAAGGCAGAUGUCCCAGGAAGUGAACGCAUCGUCCGAGAAGGGGCAUUUGCAAAAGCUCAAAGUGGCAUCAACGAGAUGAGUCUACAGUCUAACAGAUGGCUAAACUGCAUGGAUAAGUUCGCCGACGAAUUACAGAACACUUGCUCCGAGUUUGUAAAGCCGCAGAAUGGCAUCAAGGUCGCUCUUAUCGACGAUGGCGCUGAUCCAUAUGUUGAGUCUCUUAGGGGUAAGAUCUGGGGUGGAGAAACGUUCAGCAGAGGUUUCCCGCAUGAAAACGGGCCAAGCCCUUACUAUAGGUCUACGAAGGGCCACGGAACUGUAAUGGCGGAUAUGAUCUGCAGGGUGUGCCCAAUGGCGAGAUUGUAUGUGUAUAAGCUUGAGACGCAGACGAGUCUCAACUUGGCGACACAGACUCAUGGGAAAGAAUAUAUUGCUGCAGAAAGCGCAGCUCUGGCUGUCAGAGCAGCCAUAGACCAGAAGGUGGACAUCAUAUCAAUGUCCUGGACGGUCAAAGAAACAGUCGAGAAUCGCGAUGGCGUCAACACUUUCCGUCAAGCCAUCAAGGACGCCCUAGACGCUGGAAUACUCCUGUUCUGUGCCGCCGCCGACACCGGCGCCAUCACAGAAGUCGAGUACCCAUGGUCUUUCGACCGUCAGCGUAUCUUCCGUAUCGGAGCAGCAACGGCAGACGGCCGCGUAUGGGGCCCAACCGGCAACCCUCAGAAUCUAAGCUUCAUCUUACCAGGCCACAAGGUGGUCUCACGAAAUCCACACCGAGAGGGAGCGUUACCGGAUGACUUUGAAGAACGUACCGGUUCAUCUGUAGCAACGGCCUUGGCAGCUGGACUCGCAGCGCUUAUCUUGCAUUGCGUCAACCUUGCUGUUGUCCACGGCAAGGAGCAUCCGUCAACUACGGCUGUUAGUGACUCGGACCUUGAGCGACUUGCGAAUCACGAUGAUAUGUAUAAUGUGCUUCGUGGUAUUGGGCUGGAUGAGGGGCAGCAGCGAUUUAUUGAGGUGUGGCGACGGUUUGAUCGUCCAGCGAAGGAGCUCAAGGAGCCGAUGAAUGAGAAAAUGGAUGCACUUGGGAUUGUGGCUAGACUGGCUCGAGAUCUUGUUCCUAGUGGGAGUAGCUAG